AUGCCAAAUGUCACGUAUUUGGAGUUGGACCUCGACACAAGUAUUUUUGGGGUGUUUGGUCAGUCCCUUUCUUCAUCCAAAAUCCACACCCUAAGAAUAAGGAACGCUCUACCUAUCGUUCGCGAGGCUGAGAACGAAGAUACCAAUGUUCUUCGGUCGUUUUCAUCACUGCAAUCCUUGGAACUUAUACGGGUAUCAGCAAAGACAUUACUGGAUAGAUUUACUGUCUCCAGUGGAGGAAAGUUUCCCAAUCGAAAGCCAUCUAUGGGCUCCAUAAUUGACUCCAAUGGCCUUCCUCCUGCAGUCCUCCACGCAAAAUCAAAGGGAUCCGAGGAUUCCCUUGAGGCGGUAUGGCCUAAAUUGCACACGAUAUCGCUUGAUACAAUGCUAGCAGAUGAUGUAGUGUCCUUGAUAUCCUUCAUAACAUACCACAAAGGAAUUCGUUCCCUCAAUUUAUCGUACUUGGCCAUGCGACAUUUACGGUUCUUGAGAAGGAAAGGCAAUACAGUGAUCACAUCUCCUCCAAUAAUUCUAUCUGGAAGGGGGUCUCCAUUUGAGGAAGAUAAAGAUAUUGGGACUGCAGAUGUGGAGGAGUGGUUGAGCGUUAUGGUUCAUUUGGAUUUAAUGGAAGAUACCCUCGACCUUGAAAGUUUGUUGCCAUCCACCAAGGAAGUUCCACUGGUACAACUACCUUAG